AUGCCUUCCACCAAGAAGCCGAAGCCGACCGGCAACACGGUCAUCAUCGGGAUUGAUUUCGGCACCACCUUCUCCGGCGUUGCGUAUACCUGGUCCGGCAAGACCGAACGCAUCAAGGGAAUCUCUAGCUGGGACUCGCAGCUACACUCUAAUUCAAAUGAGAACAAAACUCCGACCGCCGUUUCUUUUAAGUCGAAGGGUCGAAUUAAUUGGGGCUAUGGCAUUCCGUCCGACGCACAGCAGAUUCAGGGCCUAAUACCUGAGGACGUUCGCGAGUCGGUCAAGGUCAAAGAAGCGAGGAAAGCCCUCAAGGAACAGAACAAGACGGUCAUCGAAAUCACUUCCGUUUACUUGCGCCAUUUGCGGAACCGUUGCGUUCAGCGCAUUACCGAGACCGUCAGUCGAAAUCUGAUCAAUUUCUCCAAGUUCCACAUCGCAGUUGAACGCGCAGGUAUGCUUGGGGAGCGCAUCGCUAGUGAAACCCAGCUUAGCUUCAUUUCUGAACCCGAAGCCGCUGCGUUGGCCACACUGUCAGAAAUGGAUGGGCGUGCUGACGUCGAGAACGGCGACUGUUUCGUCGUUGCCGACUGCGGAGGUGGAACGGCGGAUCUUAUCAAUUACGAGGUUGUCAGCACAAACCCGAUGAUGGUGAAGGAGUGCGUCAAGGGCCAAGGAAAGUUGAUCAACGUGCCCUCGUAUCUAGGCGGUCUAUGCGGCGCGAAAUUCGGCAAUGCUAGAUGGAACAAGCUGAAGGCUACAUCCAAGAAGAACCUGAUUGAGACAGAGUGGGAGCACAUGAUCAAGCCCGAAUUCGAUGGACGCAACAAAACGUGGGAGAUCAGACUCCCCUUUGAGUGUCUCGACCUCAACGUUUUCAACCCAGUUGUCGACAAGAUCGGCAGCGUGGUUAACGAACAAGUACAUUCAGUAUUGGCGAAAAAGAAAGUCAAUCCGAAGUACAUCGUCUUCGUUGGAGGGUUUGGCCAGUCCAGAUACCUGUUCAACUCGCUUAAAAAGGCUGUACCCUCAGAUAUUGAUAUCUUACAGUCCCGAGGAUCUGGCCCCUGGACGGCCAUCUGCCGCGGGGCCGUGGUUCACGCUAUUGCCCUGAAUGGGUUUCCUGGUCUCUCUGUAGGGGUUCAAACGAAAGUUUCCCGCGUCAACUGCGGGUUCAUGUGGAACGUGUACUGGGAUCCCGAACAACAUGAUCGCUGGGACAAGGCCUGGGACAAGGACCGCCAUGAAUGGGUAGCCGAGGACCAGAUGAACUGGCUUCUGAAGAUGAAAUAUACUACCAUCUAUUCGACUUCUGUAUCCUCCCCGCCCAAAAGGUGGAAUCGCACCAUGGAAAAGCUGUGCAAGAUCAAAUGGGAGACUAGCAUCAACAUCCAGUCCCUUCCGACCUUUACGAAUUCCGAUGGGAAGGUCUAUCACGAGCUCGAAUAUGAGGUGGAGAUGACCUGCGUUGCUGGGUCGGUGGACUUUGCUGUUUACCAUGAAGGAGAACGACAAGGGUCCCGGAAUGUCGAGAUCGACUACGAAAACAGACCGUAG